AUGCAGUUAUCACUUGAUAGAGGCCAUUCAGAGACUUCCUAUCCUGUAGGCAUCAUUAUUGGACUUGUAUUGGCAGCCUUUGUCAUUGUGGGUGUCGCUUGUGGUAUUGCUAUUGUCAUAUGGAGACGUCGUCAGAGACCAUUGGAAACCGGCGUACAAGAUGGCAUAAAUGACAUUGUAUCACAAGGAGCAGACAAUCACAACUCGCCACUGCCUGCCAGUGAUCACCAUCAUCCGAACGACAUUCCACUGCACAAAAUUGCCACAGCGGAGGUACGCGAGAGUGUUCCCAAUGAAGACAGCGUUGAGCCGGAGGCAUCAAACGACGUGGAGUACGGCAAUGUAGGAAAGGAACUCUCUUUCUCACGAGAUCUUCUGGUGAUCGAGAAUGAGCUGGGACGAGGGCAGUUCGGCAGAGUGCUUUUGGGAAAGGCACUUGGGAUCGAGGAAGUCGGAAAAGAAACGAAGGUUGCCGUUAAAACCGUGAAAGAGGGCGCCGACAGACACGCCAAGAAAGAGCUUGUGGCCGAGUUGCAGGUGAUGAACACAGUUGGCUCUCAUCCAAACGUGGUCAAGCUGCUGGGAUAUUGUAUAGAAAAAGAUCCCGUGUACGUGAUCGUUGAGUACCUUGCUAAGGGUGACCUGAAGAGUGUUCUGAUGGAGUAUCGAGACAAGGACCCAGGGACAGGUUACUCCAACCUACCUGGCUUGAGCAAAUCACUGUCUAGGACAUUGGUCAAGUUUGCAUGGGAUGUGGCAAAUGGAAUGGCUUAUAUAUCCUCACUAAAGUAUGUGCAUCGUGACCUUGCCGCUCGUAACGUGCUGGUGGGAGAAGAUAUGGUGUGCAAAGUGUCUGAUUUUGGACUGGCCCGUGACGUUAUGAACACCCGCAUCUACCAUCGAGAAUCACAGGGUCCUCUUCCAAUGCGUUGGAUGGCGUUGGAAUCCAUUUUUGAUGACGUGUACACAACAAAGAGUGAUGUAUGGUCUUUCGGGAUCCUGCUGUGGGAGAUUGUGACACUUGGUAAGUACAAGACUGUAACAUAA